AUGACGCGCCCGUUAAAUGGCGUACCUAGCGGUGCAAUUGAAUGGUGCGCAACCAAAGCCCCGCUUUGGACUGCGCCCGUAAAGAAAUCACCAGACACCGAGUGCGAAGUGGGCGCCGACGUAUGGGAACGCGAGAGGCGGGCCGCGGGUGAUAAUUCCUCACCAACUGCAACGGCCGCGUCUGGUGCUCAACAGACGUCCGUUCCCAGAGGCAUUAAGUUAUUAGCCGGGCGUUUGGCACCGAUACACGUUCUACGGCCGAACGUUUCACUCUUGGAUUUGAAUUCAAUAGACGGAAUUAGAGAGCGCAAACGGCGCGCUAGCAAAACCGAACCGAUAAAAUGCGAACAUUAUGUGUUUAGCGGGAUUUUCGUUCGCGGGGACUCGGGUUUUGUUUAUCACGAAGACGACGCAUCGUUGAAGCUUUUAAUCCUAAACAAAUAUCGGGAAGCCGCCUUGCCUGUUGAAUUUACCAUCUGCGGUGAGCCCAGUCCACCCGCAAGCAUCCGACCAGAUACAGUAAGAAACGGUAGUGCCGCAGCGGAGUCGCGGUUAAAUUUGUCCGAAGCCGAAAGGGGCCCAUCGCGAAUUCUAAACGCGUACCCGUGCGGUGACAGUAUCACGCGGCGUGCUUCUCACACGGGCAGGCAAAACAAGACUUCGCGUCGGCGCGCGGACGUCUCCGCAAAAAGCGCCGCAUCUCCCGCGCUGUCCAUUCCCGCUGCGCAUCUUUAUUUAUUAUUCAAUAAAAUCCCCCCCUCCCCCUCCCCCCCGUUCGCGGCUCGCCCAUCGAAAAAC